GCCGAGCGAGCACCAUGUCUGCGUGCUCGCCACGCGCGUGCUGCCGGCCGCGCGCCCCGCCGUCGUUGCUCGACAUCACGGCGAAGAUCGUGGCGGCGGCGAUCCCGUUCCAGCGUAUCGAGGAGCGCUACGAGCGCAUCCCGGAGCCGGUGCAACGGCGCGUCGUGUACUGGUCGUUCCCGCGGGACGAGCGCGAUAUCUGCAUGUACUCGUCGCUGGCGCGCGCGCCGCCCGACGACCACCGCAACAUCGCCUUCUGCCGCGGCCUCAAGCUGCUGGAAGCCGGCUGCGUCGAGAGCGUGCUACAAGUCGGUUUCCAUUUGAGUGGUGUGGUGCGCGCGCCAGCCGCGGUUCCUCCCUGCUCCGAACCAGAAAGGCUAUUUCGAGUUACAGUAUCAUUUGACAGAUGCAAAAUAACAGGAGUGACAUGCAGUUGCGAGGCGCGCGAUAUCUUCUGGUGUCAACACGUGGUAGCCCUCGCACUCUACCGCAUCCGGAAUGCAGACUCCGUGCGUUUACGAGUGCCUAUAUCAGAAACCCUGCUGCAAAUGGACCGUCAGCAGCUGCAGAAGUUCGUGCAAUACUUAAUAGCAGAACACCAUACAGAAGUGCUACCUACCGCCCAGCGGUUAGCUGACGAAGUUUUACAGGCGCGGUCCGCUAUCAAUAGGAUUUGCGGCGCACCAGACCCCACAGCUGGACCACCACCUGAUGCACACCACGCUUGGCAUCUAGAUGAGCAGCAGGUGUGCGAACAGGUUCGAGCGUAUUUACUACAGGGAACCUACUACAAUGCGAAUAAACAGUUAAACUCCUUGUUUUCUAAGGUGCGAGAAAUGCUAAGAGCACAGGACUCGAAUGGUCCUCGUAUGCUUAUGCUGAUGACGGAACAGUUCCUAUCGGACCCUCGCCUGCUACUAUGGAGGAAUCAGAACACGCCGAUGACGGAGAAGUGUCGCCAGCUGUGGGAGCAGCUGGGCGCGCUGUGGGUCAGCAUAGUCCUGGAUCCCGGCAGCAACAAGCACCACAGACAUCAAUGGAGACAACUGCUGGACAAGUGGUCAGCUGUUGAAGUGUGUCCCACUGAAGAUCCAGACUAUAGAUCUUUUCCCUUGUACGCGAGAGAAAGAGAAAGAAACGAGAGAGAUCGCGACAGAGAUCACAGGGACAGAGAUAGAGAGAGAAAUCGCGACCGAGAGGAGAGGGACAGAGAGAGACUGCGAGAGAGAGAAGAAAGAGACAGAGAAAGACAUAGAGAGAGACAAAGAAGAGAUAUGCAUUCCCAUUCAGAGAGUUCCGAUGAAGAAUCUAGGCCUAAUAACUAUGAAAGAGAAUAUAGAAGAGCCAGUAAGAGACUUAGACUGCACAACCAGAGACCACAGAUUCAAACAACGCCACGGACUGUCUUUCACAAGGCGUUAGAUGCAGUGGAUAUAUCAUGGGAGAGCGAGCAUCUGAAGAACAUUCUCAGCAGUGACGAGUACUGUGACCCUGAGAAGCCGGACAAGGCGGGCGGAGCUGGACCCGCGCUUGCAGCCGUCACCCUGCAGCCUUACCCCAAGUUCAAUGACCUCGGACAACCCUUGUGGCAUGAACAUCUGCCGGUAGUGGGCGCGCGUAUAGAGGCGCUGCGUGCACACGGGCGCGCCCCCGCCGCACUGCGCCUCGCUGUCAGCGCCGCGCGCGCCAUGCGCCAUCGACAGGAGGUGGCUCAGCAGCGAUGGGCGAGCGCGGGGGCGAGUGCGGGUGAGGGCGAGGCGGCGGGCAGCAGCACGUGCGCGGCGAGCGAGUCGUGCGGGGGGCAGUGCGAGCGCGCGCGUCUGGCGGUGCUGUGCGCGCACAUGGACGCCGGCGCCUGUCUGCCCAGCGGACACACAUGCGCGCUCUCACACACGCAGCGAUGCAUCGGACGAGACAGCAGGGGGUGGACGGGGUGGGCGCUGGAGGCGGUGUGGUGCGUGCACGAGUGCCUGGCGGACGCGUGCCUAGCGCCUGAUGACCAGCGCGCCUCUCCCCGCCUGCACACCUACAUGGACGAGGAGCCCGCCACCGGCCUACCGCCUAGAUAUCAACACGUGCCGGUGGCGGGCAGCAAGAACCCUGAGGAGACGUACCUGGCGCUGGCGCUGGAGGCGGCGCUGCUGGGGCUGGGCAUGCAGCGCAUGCUGCCCACUGGACUCUACGCGCAGGAGCGCUACUGCAAACAGGAGGAGCGUCUGAUAGCGCAGCUGCAGCGCGUGGAGGGCGAGGCGGUGGGCGGGGUGUGCGCACGUGCUGCGGCCGCGCUGCUGGCGGGCGGGCCCAGCUCGUGCCUGGGCGCGCGCCUGCACCCCCGCUCCGCGCCCGCACACACCUUCGCCCGCUACCUCUUCCUGGCGCUGCUGCCCAGCGACCCCGACCUCGCGUACCGCGUCGGACUGCGCGCUAUGAGGUUACCUAUGGUGGAGGAGGCGUACGCGCUGGACGGUGGCGGGGCGUGCGGCGCGGCGUGCGGUGCGGGGGCGGGCGCCUGGCACACGCUGCAGCACGCCGAGCAGCAGCAGGCCGCGCUCGCCAGCGCACUGCUCGGCGCAGCCCGGGGUACUCCAGCACGUCUGCGCGCGGCGCUGGCGGCUGCGCAGCGACACGUGCGGUCUGCUGCGCAGUUGUUCCGCCUGGCGCAGGACGCGCUGCGCCACGCUGCGCCGCCCGACGCCCCGCACCAUCACCGGGACUUGCUCGCUGCGGCAUUCGAACUCGGACUGCAGGUGCUGCGUAUGACGCUGUCGUCUGUGAACUGGCGGCGACGAGAGAUGGUGCGCUGGCUGGUCACCUGCGCCACAGAGCUCGGCCUCGACGCGUUGCUCUCCAUCAUGCAGAACUGGUACGAGCUGUUCACCCCGACGGAGGCGACAGGUCCUGUGGCUGCGGCGGCGAUGUCUCACGCCACCGCGCUGCGUCUCGGCCUCAGCUUCGAGCAGCAGGAGAAGCUCAGCGCAUGCGCACGCACGCUCGCCCUGCAGUGCGCCGCCAAGGACCCGCCGGGGUGCGCGCUGUCUGCGCUGUCAGUGUGCGAGGGGUCUGCGGGCGCGUUCGAGGCGGCGUGCGCGGCGGUGGGCGGGGCGGCGGCACGCGGCGCGCUCGCCUCCAGCCAGCUGUUCGCUGUGGCGCGGUACAUGGAGCAGCGCGGACAGCCCGCCCGCGCCAUGCGCCUCGCCACACUCGCCAUGCGCAACCUGCAUCUCCACUACAACCAGAAAACAAUUAUAUAUAUUAUAGGUAAAGCACGCGAUACGUUCGCGCUGGCACAUGACGGGCCUCAUCAGUUCGCGGCGCUGCUGCAAGAAAUCAAACUCAAAUACAAAGGCAAGAAGAAACUUAUGUUCCUCGUCAAAGAGAGAUUCGGUUAGUACAAACCGAUCUUAUGGCCAAUUUACAUUAUUCCAGUACAGCGCUGGAUUACAUAUGCACCGACAGAGAAAUGCACUAUGCAUACACUAUGUUGCUUGCUAUUCUGGAAUCGCUGGACUGGAAUAAUGUAAACCGGACAUGACUGUGGGGUGUCGACUGCUCUGACACUUGACUUAUUGUUCUCUUUUUUAUCAACACAAAUGAGAGAGACAAAUAUACAAAUGUCGCUGCAGUCGCAACCUUCGAGUAAUAGUGCAAUAUAGCACUCGUAUUGUUUUGUUGAUGUGCAAUACAUGUAUAUAAGAUACUUGCAGUAUAUAACAGUUAACACUUCAACUGCCACCGACCGGCCUGGCGAGUUUAGUACGAAAUCAUGCCAUGAAAAUUAUUCGUACGGCCAUUUACAAUAGUAUAAUUCAGUUGGCACGCCAACAACGAGAUUACUCUUACGUUUCACGUGCCAACCUCAAUCGUCGGGUACUAUGUCUAUUAGAAAAUUUAUAAAUGACCAUAUUGACUGAAAUUAAUGCAAAUAUUCUGUAAGUCACAAAUUGGCAACACUGAGCAAUGCAAUAGACAUUUUAUUGUGAAAAAUUCAUGUUGCUUUUCGUAAACCAAACAGGUCUCGUUAAAAAAGUAUUAUUUUAUAUAAGUUAUGUGAGACGGCGAUUUGUAAAAUAACAUUACAAUGAUCUCAAUAAUUCCGUUAUGUAUAUAAUUAGUUUUAAUGUAAAUAGAUUAAUUAUAGGUUAAUAUAACUAACUUUAACACAAUGUAUGUAUCAAUUGUGUAUGUAAAAAUUGUGUGUAUGGAUGAAGUUGUUAAUAUCAAUAUUGUAGUAUAAAUGCUUUAGUGGAUAGUUUUAGUGAUUUUUUUAGUGCGCCAAUAUAGCGUCCAAUAGCAAGAAAACAUAAACACUGACCUCUAUAAUACACUGGAUAGGCUUUAAGUUGUUGUUUUUUGUGCCUAUUUGAUUAUCUCCAUUAAAAGCUAACGGUCGCAAUAGCGGCUGUGACGAUUCUAAUAAUAUAGUUACACAAAGAUCUUAUAGCAGUUGGAUAAUGAACUAGCAAUGUCAUGUUGACAGCGUCAUAUUUUGACCAAUCAGGGAGCGGCAGUUAAUUAAUGUUGCCAUUUGCAUAAUUUCAAAAUUCCUUAAAAAUAUCACGUAUGUCAUGACAUGUAGGUUAAUUUGAUACGUUUGGAUAUACAUCCAAACGCAAAUAAAUACUUAUUUAAAUAGUAAUCGCUAUGAGAACUUACGUCAUAAAUUAUAAAUCGAUUUUGCAAUAUGAACGACGAUCUGUCAAUAUCAAAAAAAACUACUAUAAGAUUCUUGUGGGACUAUAGAACUGGCAAUUAACUUUAAUAUGCAGUUUUAAUUAAGAAAAAAGCAAAAGGUUAUCCAGAGGUUUUUAUAGAGGUCCGUGUAAUAUAAUAAACGACACAACACCAAAGAAGUUAAAUAUAAGUCAUUCCAAAAGUGUUAAGCCAUGCCAUCAUUAUUUCAGUAUUGUCGAGUAUUCAAUAUUUUCUACGUUUUAAGCUAACCUCUUUGUUUUACUAUUUUUGACAUUUAUCCGCCAUUUUGUUUAUACGAAUGUUUACAUUGUCGCUCUGAAUUGCACACGUCUAUGACACGCAUAAAAACACACACAGACGAAUUGAUAACCUCGUUCUUUUUGAAGCUAGCUAAUAAAAUAGAAACCAGGCAAGCAUAUAUGUUAAACAAAUCGUGUUUUAAUUGGAUAUAACGUGUGUUCCAGUCACUUUUUUUUCAAAAGAACGAAGUUACAGUUUUUUAAAUUGAUACUAAAAUUAAGAGACACGUUAAAAUAAAUCUUUUUUAUUUAUACAAAAAGUCAAAGUGGCAUUGCAGUAUUCGUAUAGUCCUUUUUACGUUUAAAUUUUGGCGGGAAAUUUUGUUUCUUUUUCGAAUACUUUAACGUAGAAUAGAUUAAUUUCUAUUAACAAGAAGUGCAUUUAUAAAGAUAGAAAAUAAUUAAUAAAUAACAUUUGGAUGUUGAAAAGUAAAAAACGAAUUGACUACGUGUACUUGAGAGGUAAAGGAUUUUGAUAAAUUGCCAUUUUUAAAAUGAAUACCAAAAAAAAUUCUAAAGGAUAACCAAAUCAACACAAGAUAUUCUAAAAUAAAAACUGUAAAAAGAAAUAAGACACUGUAAUUUCCUGUACAUGUUUUUUUUUCGUACAAUUGUAGGAAUGACGAGGAAUGGUUUAAGACAUUUUGCUUUUAUAUUGCAUUAACAAUGUUAUGCUAUUUUCAGACUGAGUAUUUUACAGAAUAUCAACUAACUUCGCAUAUAAUGUUAUGGUACAAUAUUUUAGAUUAAAUUUCCCAAAUAUACCUUCAUACAUUCGGUUCAAAAUUAACUUUAUUUUAAAAUGUUUUUAUUGAUUAAAAUAAAAAAGAAAAUUUUUUCGAGCA